CGACUUUUCCACAGAAGAAAGUACCUAAAAUGAACCCAAACCUGUUCGAAGCAUCCUUAACAGGAAAUGUACAACUCCUUAAUGAAUUGCUCCAGGAGGACGAGCUCGUUCUUGACAGGAUUCCACUCAGCUGCUUCAGCGAAACACCAUUGCACAUUGCAGCCUUGAGAGGCCACCUCGAUUUCGUGAAGAUGCUUGUGCGUAAAAAGCCGCUACUCGCUAUGUCUCUUGAUUCGGAAAGAAGAACGGCUCUCUACUUGGCAUCUGCCGAGGGCCACGUGGACAUUGUAUGUGAACUCUUGAACGUGAUGAAUUCUGAUGGAUGGCGUUUCCACGACCAAGAAGGAAGAACAGCGCUGCACUUGGCUGUCAUGAAUUUACAAUUAGAGAUAAUAAAACUUCUGAUUCAGAAAGAUCUUAGUAAAGAGCUACAAGGAAACGGGGAGACCAUUUUGCAUACAUGCAUCUCGUGGAAUCGCUUUGACGCCAUGAAAUUGCUGUCUGAACUAUGGAAUGAUGAAGAGCUGGCGAAGCUCACAGAUUGCAAUGACAACACCGUCCUACACCUAGCUGUCGUUCAUAAACAGAUCCAGACUGUUACGUAUCUUCUUCAGAAACAAAGUCUUAGAGCAGCUGGAAACAUUGUUAAUGGCUUCACAGCACUUGAUAUUCUUGAUCAUUGUCCACAGGAUCUCAGUGCACUACAAAUUCGUAGUUUUCUUAUCGAAGCCAGCUUUCUGAGAUCUAAAGACGUAAGUCAUUCCUUUAGACCAUUUCAAAGGUCAACUGAAUCGAAAUCCUCAGAAACAGUUGCCAAUCCGGAAAGCACGCCUAAAGGAUCAAUAUUAGUGGCAGGAACAUCAUUCUAUUCUGGGCUACACCCUCCAGGAGGAACGUUUAUCAGUUCUAAUGAUGGAUCUCUGGGAAACGCAGUUCAAACAGAAGUAGUAAUGGGUAAUUCCACCACAUUCGUGAUACAUAAUACCAUAAUCAUGGUUGUUUCAAUGAUGAUUGCUCUAGCGUUUCUGAGUGGAAUCUCUCUCCGGAACAAGUUCUGUUUGUGGGUGCUCAACCUCGCAAGUGCUUGCAUCCUGUUUUUACGACUCUUACUUAUUUACAGGAGAUAG